AUGGCUGAAAACAUAUACAGCAAGGGAACCCGGGUCUGGUUCGAGGAUAAGGACCAUGCCUGGAUCUCUGCUGAAGUUUCCUCUGUAACAAAGGGUAACGACGAUACCAUCAAGCUGGUCUUUAUAGACGAACGCGGCAAGGAAAUCACGCUUAAUACUACUGGCAAGGAAAUCAAAGAAGGCAAAGAGGGUCUUCCGCCUCUACGAAAUCCACCACUACUCGAAACAGCCGAUGAUCUAGCCACACUCUCACAUCUUAACGAACCUUCAGUCCUUCAUACUAUCCGAAAUCGAUAUGCCCAACACAGUAUUUACACCUACAGUGGCAUCGUGUUAAUUGCCGUCAAUCCUUUCCAGCGCGUAACAUUGUAUGGGCCAGAAAUCAUCCAAGCAUACAGCGGUCGUAAACGGGGAGAGCUGGAGCCGCAUCUAUUUGCCAUUGCUGAAGAUGCAUAUACGGCGAUGAGAAAGGAUGGGACUGGUCAAACUAUCAUUGUGUCAGGAGAGAGCGGUGCUGGAAAGACCGAAUCAGCAAAGUUUAUAAUGCGAUACCUUGCAUCUGUGAACCCCCCUGACUCGAAUGCCAAAACCAAAACCAAAUUCUCCCUCGAUGAUUCCAGUGAAAUUGAACGCCAAAUUUUAGCUACAAAUCCUAUUCUUGAAGCAUUCGGAAAUGCCAAAACCACGCGUAACGACAAUUCUUCUCGCUUCGGCAAAUAUAUUCAGAUUCUUUUCGACGGGAAACAAGAAAUUGUCGGUGCUCGCAUUCGCACAUAUCUACUUGAACGUUCAAGAAUUGUUUUCCAACCUGUCACUGAGCGAAAUUAUCACAUUUUCUAUCAACUAUGUGCUGGUGCCCCAGUGAAGGAGCGCAAGGAUCUCGGUUUAGAUUCCGAUAUCAACAAAUUCCUUUAUCUCAAACAAGGAGGUCCGUCGUCCACGCCAAUUGCUGGAGUCGAUGACGCCGAGGAGUUCCGUUCGACCCAGCAAGCGUUAUCCACUGUGGGUAUCAGUGUCGAGAAGCAAUGGGCAGUUUUCCGUCUUCUUGCUGCUCUGCUUCAUCUAGGGAAUGUCAAGAUAUCUCAGCUACGCACCGACGCUUCGAUUGAAGAUAAUGAUGCUGCUCUUAUACUGGCCACUCGAUUCCUUGGUGUGCCGCUCGCAGAGUUCAAGAAAUGGACGGUGAAGAAACAACUUCAGACUCGUUCUGAAAAAAUUGUCACUUCCCUCAAUGCUGCGCAAGCUACUGUUGUUCGCGAUAGUGUGGCCAAAUUUGUGUAUGCAUGCAUGUUUGAAUGGCUUGUCGCCAUUGUCAACGAAAGUUUGGCUGGUGAAAACGGAGAUGCUGCUGAACGAGCAGAAAUGUUCAUCGGCGUCCUGGAUAUCUAUGGGUUCGAACAUUUCCAAAAGAAUUCAUUCGAACAAUUUAGUAUCAAUUACGCCAAUGAAAAACUCCAGCAAGAGUUUAAUUCACACGUGUUCAAACUCGAACAAGAGGAAUACGUUAAGGAAGAGAUCAAGUGGAAAUUCAUCGAUUUUUCGGACAAUCAACCUUGUAUCGAUGUUAUUGAAGGGAAGCUUGGUGUUCUGGCACUUUUGGAUGAAGAAUCUCGAAUGCCUUCUGGUACCGAUGCGUCAUUCCUUCAGAAGCUGAGCACACAAAUUUUACCCAAGCCUGAGUAUAAAAAUGUGUACAAGAAGCCAAGAUUUGGAAACUCUGCAUUCACCAUCGCCCACUACGCUUUGGAUGUAACAUACGAAGUGGAUGGCUUUUUGGAAAAGAAUCGAGACACAGUCCCGGACGAACAGAUGACUCUCCUCGCCUCUACAAAGAAUCCUUUCUUGAAAGAGGUCUUGGAUGCGGCUUUGAAUUCAACUAGAGGAGUAGAUGGACCUGCUCCCGCUUCACCGGCAUUUUCAGAUUCUGGAAGUGGAGGUUCACGGCGUUCAUCUGUUAUUCCUGAUCCUGGCCGUCAAUCGUUUGUCACGUCAAAUGCGGGAUCUGCAGCCAACAAGCGACCUGGAGCUACGAAUAAGAAACCUACUCAAGGUUCUAUCUUCAAAGCCUCUUUAAUCGCUUUGAUGGAGACUCUGAGCACCACGAAUGUGCAUUACAUUCGAUGCAUCAAGCCAAACGAACUUAAAAGACCGUGGGAAUUUCAACCUCAGCAGGUUCUGGGUCAACUACGGGCGUGUGGUGUUUUGGAGACUAUCCGGAUCAGCUGUGCUGGUUAUCCAACACGGUGGACCUAUGAAGAAUUUGCGGAACGUUAUUAUAUGCUGGUACCCUCAUCCGAUUGGCAGCCCAUGAUUCAGUCAAUGGAUCUCCGCCGGCUGUGUUCUACAAUUUUGGAGAAAACUAUUGCAGAUCCAGAUAUGUAUCAAAAUGGUUUAACCAAGAUUUUUUUCAGAGCGGGAAUGCUUGCUGCGCUGGAAUCAUUCCGCUCCGAUCGGUUGAAUGCUAUGGUCACUGUCGUUCAAAAGAAUGUGCGGAGAAGGUUGGCCACCAGGGAUUACCAAAAUCUUCGUCGUGCUACGAUCAAAAUUCAGACAUGGUGGAGAGGUAUCCUGGCCCGAAAGCUAGUAGAAGGUAUCCGUCGCGAAGUAUCGGCCAUCAGACUACAAACUGCUAUUAGACGUUACAUUCAAAGGAAAAGACUUGCAGAUGUCAGACACGGUGUCAUUUUGGUGCAGAGCCGUGUGCGUGGUAUGCAAACCCGACAAAAGUACCUCCAGGAGAGGACUUUCCGUGCCGCUACUCUCCUACAGUGCCUCUUCCGUGGCGUACUUUCACGGCGUGUGUUCACUUCUGAUGUGCGGCAUGUUGUAUUCAUACAAUCAUGCAUUCGACGUCGACUUGCUCGUAAAGAGCUUAAAGCUCUCAAACAAGAAGCUAGAUCUGUGUCAAAAUUCAAGGAGAUAUCAUAUCGUCUUGAAAACAAGGUCAUCGAACUUACACAGAGUCUACAAGAGCGUACCAAUGAGAAGAAGAGGUUGCAACUACAGCUCGGUGAACUCGAACAGCAGCUCCAGCAAUGGAUCAACCGUCACGAAGAAGCGGACUCUCGAGCUAAACAACUCCAGAACAACGUGCAAACCAUGGAGACAGAGCUUGCUCACACCAAUGAAUUGCUUGCUGCGAAAGCCGGUAUCGAAAAGAAACUGGAGGAAGCCAUUGCUAAGGCAGCCGAAAAGGAGGCCAGCAUCCAGAAACUAACUGACGAAAUCGUUCGACAAGCUGCUCAACUAGAGGCACAGCAACGCGUUAUUGAUACUGCCCCCGCCCGCAAUCAAGAGGAUAGUUCUGUCAUAAUGACUCUGAAAAACGAAGUUAGCAGUCUUCGUGAGCAAUUGAAUAGGUCUAAUGCCUUGAAUGCACUCACAAGAGGCUCCCGGGCCGACCCUCCUUUGUCGCCCACUUUCGCACCAGGUUUGCGCCUGGCUGAAACCAACGGCCAUAUCAACGGAGACGUCCCUGCCACCCAACGUCGGGGUCACCAGAGGAGGCACAGCUCAGCUGGCGUUUUCUCAUUUGCAAACGAUGACAAUCGCACAUCGUCAGACGACAUUCUCAGCGAUGUGAGGAGAAGUGCUGGAAACCCACGCGCUGUUUCUGUCGCUUUCAAUGGCGAGGAUAACUACUUGCGGUUCAGAGCGAAUGGACUUCCAGACAUACGCGACUUCGAUGACCCUGCCGAGGAGAAGAUCAGAUUGAUGCAGGACAUCAAACGCCUUGAUGAAGACGUUUUGGAUGGUCUCAUCCGUGGUCUCAAAAUUCCUGCUCCCAGCCUUACCAACCCAUCAGCUGUCAAGGAAAUCCUUUUCCCUGCCAAUUUGAUCAGCCUCGUCACAAAUGAAAUGUGGAAAUACGGUCUCAUUCAGGAAAGCGAGAGAUUCCUUGCGAAUGUCAUGCAAACAAUUCAGGCGCAUGUAAUGUCUUUCACGGGCGAGGAUGCAAUUAUACCCGGCAUAUAUUGGCUAUCCAAUGUACAUGAGAUGCUUUCGUUCAUCUGCGUUGCCGAAAGCGAUAUGCUUCAAGGCAUUGGUCCAGGCGAGGAGAACGCUGUGCGCGCCUUUGACUGGAAUGAUUACGAACGGUUGGUGUCCGUCGUGAAACACGAUCUUGAUAGCUUGGAAUACAACAUCUACCACACCUGGAUGCUUGAGACCAAGAAGAAAUUGUCGAAGAUGGUCAUUCCUGCGUUGAUCGAAAGCCAGUCUCUACCCGGAUUCACCACCAGUGACGGCGGAGGUCGUUUGUUUAACCGCCUCCUCAAUUCCAACAGCACACCUGCUUUCAGCAUGGACGACAUUUUGAACCUUCUUAACAAAGUAUGGAAGAGUUUGAAGAGUUAUUACAUGGAAGAGUCUGUGAUUCAGCAAGUGGUCACUGAAUUACUCAAACUAAUUGGCGUGGCGAGCUUCAAUGACCUUCUGAUGCGACGGAACUUCUCUUCUUGGAAACGAGCCAUGCAAAUUCAAUAUAACAUUACUCGCAUAGAAGAAUGGUGUAAAUCCCAUGGUAUGCCGGAAGGCACUCUUCAGCUGGAGCACUUGAUGCAGGCCACCAAGUUGUUGCAAUUAAAGAAGGCUACCCCGGCUGACAUAGAGAUUAUUUACGAUGUUUGCUGGAUGCUGAGUCCCAUGCAAAUUCAGCGAAUGUGUACGAACUAUUACGUUGCCGAUUACGAGAACCCUAUUUCUCCAGAAAUUCUCCGCGUUGUAGCCUCGCGUGUACAAGCUAACGACCGGAACGACCACCUGCUUCUUUCGCCAGAGACGGAGGAAGUCGGGCCUUACGAAUUGCCUUUACCUCGAGAAGUCUCGGGUUUAGAGACCUACGUUCCAGCUUACCUCAAUGUGUCUCACCUACGGCGUUUGGCCGCUUUAGUAUCAUAA